AUGACCCUCUUCCCUAACUCCAACAAUUCUAAAGCCAACAAGUUCAGAGAUGAGAACCUGCUAACGUGCAGAUAUACUAGGUCUUUUAAUAAGACGUUUAAGAAGGACAUCACAUUCAUUCAGAUUUUGUUUCCAUUCUUUACUGUGAAGAGCAUCACCACCUCCUUUUCCCUGCUCCUAUUUUUUACCUUCUUCAUUUUGAAUGUGUGCAACUUUGACAGGCAGUCCCCGCUCUAUCUGAGCGAAACUGUGCUGAAACGAUAUGGCAUGAUCAGGAACUCCGUUACGAACAACCACCAGUAUUACAAAUUAUUGACGGCCACCUUUUUCCACUCCAGCGUUUGGAACUUAAUAAUCAAUGUCUACUAUUUGAUGAACAUAGGGAUCAUCGUCGAGAGGAGCUACGGGAAGGCACGAUACAUGGCAAUAAUGCUUCUAAGUGUUCUGUGUGGGAACUUCCUCCUCUGUGCUACCUCCAAUUGCGGCGAUGUCCACAUGGGAAUCAGUACAAUUUUGUCCGGAUUCAUGGGCCUCUUCCUGCAGGAAAUUGUUGUGCGGUACAAGCAGCUGACGGAUAGAAGUAGCGUCAUUCGGAAAUAUGUAUUUGCAGUGCUAUCCCUUUAUUUGACCAUAUCGAUUUUUCCCUUUAAUGGAAAUAUUGUGGGAAACUUGGGGGCGAUUUUUGGUGGAUUCUGCUAUCCGUACUUCACUAGAAAGGGGACCUUCCACGGGCAAGAGAAGAAAGUGAAACUUACCCUGGCCGUUUUGCUGAUUCUACUCCUGAGUUCGACCCUGAUCAGUCUGAUCGUGGCCAAGUGUUAG